GGGGCAGCAGAAGAACGGGGCGGGUGGCGGAAAACGGGGUCCGGGGGAAGUUAUUACAGGGAGUCCUCUUCCGGCACCAGAGGCCGGAAGUUGUCGCCAGGACGUGUCAACCUGGGUCUGAGGGCUCAGAAUACAGCUGCAACCGCGACCAUGGGCGGGAAGAACAAGCAGCGAACUAAAGGGAACCUGAGGCCUUCAAACAGUGGCCGAGCUGCAGAACUCCUUGCCAAAGAACAGGGAACAGUGCCUGGAUUUAUUGGUUUUGGAACAUCUCACAGUGACCUGGGUUACGUUCCUGCUAUUCAAGGAGCUGAAGAAAUUGACAGUCUUGUAGAUUCUGAUUUCCGAAUGGUGCUGCGGAAACUUUCGAAAAAAGAUGUCACCACAAAAUUAAAAGCUAUGCAGGAAUUUGGAACCAUGUGUACAGAGAGAGACACAGAAACUGUAAAAGGAGUUCUUCCAUAUUGGCCAAGAAUUUUUUGCAAAAUUUCACUUGAUCAUGACCGUCGGGUCCGAGAAGCCACACAGCAAGCUUUUGAAAAACUUAUCCUUAAAGUAAAGAAACAGUUGGCUCCCUACUUAAAAAGUUUAAUGGGAUAUUGGCUAAUGGCUCAAUGUGAUACUUACACACCAGCUGCGUUUGCAGCAAAAGAUGCAUUUGAAGCGGCUUUUCCUCCAAGCAAGCAACCUGAAGCCAUAGCAUUUUGUAAGGAUGAAAUUACAAGUGUGCUGCAGGAUCAUCUUAUAAAAGAAACACCUGAUACACUCAGUGACCCGCAAACUGUUCCAGAGGAAGAAAGAGAAGCUAAAUUCUACCGGGUUGUAACUUGUUCCUUAUUGGCAUUAAAGAAAUUGCUUUGCCUCUUACCUGAUAAUGAGCUUCAUUCUCUGGAGGAGAAAUUUAAGUCUCUUUUAUCACAGAAUAAAUUUUGGAAGUAUGGAAAACACAGUGUACCUCAGAUUCGCUCAGCUUAUUUUGAGUUAGUUUCUGCAUUGUGCCAGCGCAUUCCACAGUUGAUGAAAGAAGAAGCAUCCAAAGUGAGCCCAUCAGUUCUACUUAGCAUUGAUGACAGUGACCCAAUUGUCUGCCCAGCUCUCUGGGAAGCUGUACUCUAUACACUUACAACUAUUGAGGACUGUUGGCUUCAUGUAAAUGCAAAAAAGAGUGUGUUUCCCAAGCUGUCAGCUGUUAUUCGUGAAGGUGGUCGGGGUCUAGCUACUGUCAUAUAUCCUUACCUUCUGCCAUUCAUCAGCAAGCUCCCUCAGUCCAUCACAGAUCCAAAGUUGGAUUUCUUCAAAAAUUUCCUCACAUCUCUAGUUGCUGGGCUAUCAACAGAGAAAACUAAAACCAGCUCUUCAGAGUCCUCGGCAGUAAUAUCUGCUUUUUUUGAAUGCUUACGUUUUAUAAUGCAGCAAAACUUAGGUGAGGAAGAGAUUGAACAGAUGCUCGUCAAUGAUCAGUUGAUCCCUUUUAUUGAUGCAGUUCUCAAAGACCCAGGGUUGCAACAUGGGCAGCUAUUUAACCAUUUAGCCGAAACUUUAAGUUCCUGGGAAGCCAAAGCAGACACGGAAAAAGAUGAAAAAACAGCUCACAACUUGGAGAAUGUACUGAUACGUUUCUGGGAAAGACUGUCAGAGAUCUGUAUCUCGAAAAUCAAUGAGCCAGAAGCUAAUGCUGAGUCCGUUUUGGGUGUAUCUAACCUAUUACAGGUGCUUCAGAAGCCAAAGAGCUCAUUGAAGUCAAAUAAGAAAAAAAAUGGUAAGGUUAGAUUUGCUGAUGAGACACCUGAAAGUAAUAAAGAGAGUGAAAAAUGUGUAUCUUCAGAAGGAGAGAACAUUGAAGGCUGGGAAUUAUCAACUGAACCUUCUCUCACUCAUAAUUCUUCAGACUUUUUAUCUCCUCUAAGGAAAAAACCUUUGGAAGUCUUAGUCUGUAAACUGGCAGAGAUGAGCCUUAAUUAUGUCAAUGAACAAAAGUCAGAGCAACAUCUGAGGUUUCUUUCUACUCUGCUUGACUCCUUUUCUUCAAGCCAAGUAUUUAAAAUGCUACUUGGUGAUGAAAAACAGAGUAUUGGCCAAGCCAAACCUCCUGAAAUAGCCAAGCUUGCACAAAAAAAUCCCGCGGUGCAGUUUUUAUACCAGAAACUGAUAGGUUGGCUAAAUGAAGAUCAAAGGAAGGAUUCUGGUUUCCUGGUGGACAUUUUGUACAGUGCUCUUGGGUGCUGUGACAAUGAUAUGGAAAGAAAAAAAGUCUUGGAUGAUCUAACCAAGGUGGACCUGAAGUGGAAUUCUCUUCUUAAGAUUAUUGAAAAGGCUUGUUCUAGUUCAGAUAAACAUGCUUUAGUAACUCCUUGGCUAAAAGGCGAUAUCCUUGGUGAGAAAUUGGUCGACUUAGCAGAUCGUCUUUGUAAUAACGACUUGAAAUCUCGAGUAUCUUCAGAAUCUGACUUCCCCGAAAGAUGGACUCUUCUAAGUUUGGUAUUAUCCCAACAUGUUGAAAAUGAUUACUUGAUUGGAGACGUAUAUGUUGAAAGAAUUAUUGUUAAACUUCAUGAAACUUUAUUCAAAACAAAGAAAUUAUCAGAAGCUGAAAAUAGUGACUCAUCAGUGUCUUUUAUCUGUGAUGUGGCCUAUAACUAUUUCAGCUCAGCAAAAGGAUGCUUGCUAAUGCCAUCAUCUGAAGAUUUAUUAUUAACUCUCUUUCAGUUAUGUGCUCAGAGCAAAGAAAAAACACAUAUGCCAGAUUUUCUUAUUUUUAAACUGAAAAAUACUUGGCUCUCUGGUGUAAAUUUAUUGGUUCAUCAAACUGACAGUACAUAUAAAGAGAGUACCUUCCUACAUUUGUCUGCUCUGUGGCUGAAGAACCAAGUUCAGGCUUCAUCUUUGGAUAUCAACAGUCUCCAAGUCCUCUUGUCUGCUGUUGAUGAUUUGCUAAAUACGCUUCUAGAGAGUGAAGAUUCUUAUCUUAUGGGUGUGUACAUUGGAAGUGUAAUGCCAAACAACAGUGAAUGGGAAAAGAUGAGGCAGUCUCUUCCUAUGCAGUGGUUACAUAGACCUCUUUUAGAGGGAAGAUUGAGUUUGAAUUAUGAAUGUUUCAAAACAGAUUUUAAGGAGCAGGACAUAAAGACACUUCCCAGCCAUUUGUGUACUUCAGCAUUAUUGAGCAAAAUGGUCUUAAUUGCACUGAGAAAGAAAAUAGUCUUAGAAAAUAAUGAGCUUGAGAAAAUAAUUGCAGAACUGCUUUAUUCACUGCAGUGGUGUGAAGAACUAGAUAACCCUGUUUUUCUAACUGGAUUUUGUGAAAUGCUUCAAAAAAUGAAUAUCACAUAUGAUAAUUUACGUGUACUUGGUAAUACUUCUGGCCUUUUGCAGCUGUUAUUUAACAGGUCCAGAGAACAUGGCACAUUGUGGUCUCUUAUUAUUGCUAAGUUGAUCCUUUCCCGAAGCAUUUCAUCUGAUGAAGUAAAACCACAUUAUAAGAGAAAAGAAGGUUUUUUUCCACUAACUGAAGGCAAUUUGCAUACCAUUCAAAGUCUUUGUCCAUUUUUGUCAAAAGAAGAAAAGAAAGAAUUUAGUGCUCAAUGUAUACCUGCUCUUUUUGCCUGGACUAAGAAAGAUCUUUGCAGUACUAAUGGAGGUUUUGGACAUCUUGCCAUUUUAAAUUCUUGUCUACAGACCAGAAGUAUAGAUGAUGGAGAGCUAUUACAUGGAAUAUUAAAAAUCAUAAUAUCCUGGAAGAAAGAGCACGAAGAUAUUUUUCUUUUCAGUUGUAAUCUAUCAGAAGCAAGUCCAGAGGUACUGGGUGUAAAUAUAGAAAUAAUCCGGUUUCUUUCCCUAUUUCUGAAAUACUGCUCAUCCCCUUUGGCAGAGAGUGAGUGGGACUUCAUUAUGUGCUCCAUGUUGGCUUGGUUGGAGACAACCAGUGAGAAUCAGGCAUUGUAUUCUGUUCCACUUGUGCAACUGUUUGCCUGUGUCAGCUGUGAUUUGGCCUGUGACCUCAGUGCUUUUUUUGAUUCCACAACUCUGGAUACCAUUGGCAGCCUUCCUGUAAAUCUGAUCAGUGAAUGGAAAGAAUUUUUUUCCCAAGGCAUCCACAGUUUGCUUUUACCUAUUUUGGUGACUGUUACAGGAGAAAACAAAGAUAUGUCUGAAACAUCCUUUCAGAAUGCAAUGCUGAAACCCAUGUGUGAAACAUUAACAUAUAUCUCAAAGGAGCAGCUACUGAGUCACAAACUUUCUGCAAGAUUAGUUGCGGACCAAAAAACAAACUUACCAGAGUAUCUCCAGACUUUGUUAAAUACAUUGGCCCCAUUACUCCUCUUCAGAGCUAGGCCUGUGCAAAUUGCUGUUUAUCAUAUGCUAUACAAAUUGAUGCCUGAGUUACCACAGUAUGAUCAGGAUAAUCUAAAGUCAUAUGGAGAUGAAGAAGAAGAACCACCCUGUCACCACCAGCAGCACUGAUGUCUCUUCUUAGCACUCAAGAGGAUUUAUUAGAAAAUGUUUUGGGAUGUAUUCCCGUUGGACAGAUAGUUACUAUUAAACCACUGAGUGAAGAUUUCUGUUAUGUUCUGGGAUACCUUCUCACUUGGAAAUUAAUACUAACUUUCUU